GUGCACCACUUAGUCUUGGUGCAACUAGUCGUUCGGAACAGAAGUGCCGCCACCUUAAAGUUGGUCGUACGUCGUGACUGUAACUCCUGUAAUCAUGGCUUCAAACGUGUCUCAUCCGUACUAUCCACUGGGGAUGGAAGUGCCCCACUACAAGGAAAACAGUCUCGGCAACGCGGUCACACCCAUUGCCUUGACUAUUUUCUUCUUCAUCUUCAUGGCCGUCUGGAAGUACGUGAAGCAGGACCGGUUUGACCGUGCCCUGGGUUCUUGGGAGAAGGCAGCGCUGGGCUGGUGGGGGUUGUGUGGUUGCAUCCACAUGGCCGUAGAGGGCUACGUAAGCCUGAACAGCACAACCUUUCCCGGCGAAGACAACUUCUUGGCGCAAAUAUGGAAAGAGUAUGCAAAGGGUGAUAGCAGAUAUGUGCAGGCAAAUGCUUGUAUUAUUAUCAUGGAGGGGCUGACGGCAUGGCUUGAAGGUCCCGGAUGUUUCGUCAUUGUGUGGGCGUUCCUUAACAGACACCCAAUGCGUUACGCACUCCAGUUUGGCGUCUCCCUUGGCCAAUACUACGGUACGCUUCUGUACUUCUUCACCGAGAUGUUCGAUGGUCUAUCCCACGGUCCCCGGUUCCACCCUAUAUACUUCUGGACUUACGUAUUCGGGAUGAACUCACCCUGGCUGGUGGUGCCACCAAUCCUAAUCUAUCAGUCCUGGAAGCAACUCACCCUAGCCCAGGGGCUUCUGGACAAAGAGACUGGAUUCAACCCGGUUAAAGGUGGUGUCUCAAAAAAAAUUAGAUGAGUUUUUAAGAGUGAAAAUGAUGUAGAAGAUAAUGUUGGGUUUAAAGCAGUGGAGACUAUUGGUGAUUUCUCUAAAUAAUUAUUAGCAUAAAACCUUACUUGGUGACGAGUAAUGGGGAGGUU